AACCAGUCAGUUGAUCUGGAAAAACAAAAGAUUGGAUACUGUUCCUUGAAAACUUAUGUUACUACUUGCCAAUUCUGAACUGUUUUGGGUAUACAGAACCUGCCAAUUUAGGUUCUUGGCCCACUUACAUCUUCACUUUUAUUGCAACUUGUAUGAUGCCAAUUUCAAUGUGAGAUGCCAUCUGCAGUUUUGUUAUCUGCAAUGAUUCUUCCCUUCGAGGUCAGCCAAUUAUCUUCAAUCCUGACUUUUUUGUGGAGAAACUGCGACAUGAGAAACCAGAGGUGUUCACUGAGUUGGUGGUCAGCAACAUCACAAGGCUUAUCGAUUUACCUGGCACUGAGUUGGCUCAGCUGAUGGGGGAAGUGGACCUGAAGUUGCCUGGUGGGGCUGGUUCAGCAUCGGGAUUCUUCCGGUCCCUGAUGUCUCUCAAGCGCAAGGAGAAAGGAGUGGUAUUUGGAUCCCCACUGACAGAGGAAGGCAUUGCCCAGAUAUACCAACUAAUCGAAUAUCUGCAUAAAAACUUGAGAGUGGAGGGCUUGUUCAGAGUUCCAGGCAACAGUGUCCGACAACAGAUUUUACGGGAUGCACUCAAUACAGGAGCUGAUAUUGACCUAGAAUCAGGGGAGUUCCACUCUAAUGAUGUCGCCACUUUGCUGAAGAUGUUUCUGGGAGAGUUGCCUGAGCCCCUGCUGACACAUAAACAUUUCCAUGCACACCUCAAAAUUGCUGACUUGAUGCAGUUUGAUGACAAAGGCAACAAGACCAACGUGCCAGAUAAGCAGCGGCAAAUUGAGGCUCUGCAGUUACUCUUCCUCAUUCUCCCUCCUCCCAACCGUAAUUUGCUGAAGCUACUGCUUGAUCUCCUGUACCAGACAGCCAAGAAACAGGAUAAGAACAAGAUGUCUGCCUACAACCUUGCUCUUAUGUUUGCACCCCAUGUCCUAUGGCCAAAAAAUGUCACUGCAAAUGACCUUCAGGAGAAUAUCACCAAGCUAAACAAUGGGAUGGCCUUUAUGAUUAAACACUCCCAGAAACUGUUUAAGGCUCCUGCUUAUAUUCGGGAGUGUGCCAGGUUGCAUUAUCUGGGCUCUAGAACCCAAACAUCAAAGGAUGACCUUGAUCUGACAGCGUCAUGUCAUAGUAAAUCCUUCCAGCUAGCGAAGUCUCAGAAACGGAACCAAGUCGAUUCUUGCUCCCAUCAGGAGGAGACCCAGCAGCGGACGGAAGAGGCCCUGAGAGAGCUGUUCCAGCAUGUCCACAACAUGCCUGAGUCCGCCAAGAAGAAGCAGCUUAUUAGACAGUUUAAUAAGCAAUCUUUGACCCAAACACCGGGGCGAGAACCUUCUAGCUCUCGAGUGCAGAAGCGGACCCGUUCACGCUCCUUCAGUGGGCUCAUUAAGAGGAAGGUCCUUGGAAAUCAGACGUCAGAAAACAAGGACAAGUAUGUUACUCCAGAGGCCGUAACCAUGAGCGAGUUGAAGAGAGCCAGUAAGGAGAACAUGAACACAGAUUCCUCUGAAGAAUCCAGAAUUCUGCUAUCGUCCACACAGAAUUUGCUGUCUAGCAGGUCAAGUGUUACUGCCACUCACGGUGGAACUUGGACUGGCAGCUUGCUUGCUGCAUUUUGAUUUGUGAACGUCAACUAAUACCAUGACUGAUACCUCUAACCCCACUCACUGGAUGAUGUGCAAACUGUGCCUUCUGAGAGAGUCUAGGCUGGCUCCCUCUCUAACGUUCUGGAAGCAGCUCAGCCCCAGCCUAUGCAGCACGGUCAGUCAGCAGGCCCUGGCAGGCCCCACUGUUCCUUCACUGUGUAGAGACAGAUUCUAGUUUUUGAAAACAGAAAAUCUGUGCUCAAUGGCCAGUAACCUUUAAAAGAGCAAUAUCAAUUCUACUGGACUGAUUUUAUUUUCGAUUGGUGUUUUGGACUCUAUUUUGAUAGUGUUGUGGCUGUUCAUUGUUUUUGUGUGUGUUUAUAAGCCAUGUUUUGGGUUGCUGGUCUCAGUAGGUUCCAAGCUAGCUGUCUUUGGCCUUUCUCACUUGGGGGUAGGGGAAGCUCUUUGUUUCCUGAGACUGCAUUCCUUCUUAUUCUAUUUAUGUCUAAAGAACUAACAGCUUUUUGGGGGGAAUUUUAAAUUAUUUCUUGGGUCUGAUAUUGUGGCAUAUUUGACCUAUGAUAUUGAAGAAUUCAGAACGACAUACCAUUUUUAACAAAUUUCAGUAAUUAAACUGUUUCCCUUCCUU